AUGGGCGGACCGGGGCCGGGGGGUCCAGGGAUGGGCGGACCGGGACCGGGUCCUGGACCGGGGAUGGGGCCACCGGGACCGGGGGGCGCGGGGAUGGGCGGACCAGGGCCGGGGGGACCGGGGAUGGGGCAUGGUCCCGGACGCGGUCUUCCCGGUCCGGGGGGUCCGGGGGGACCGGGGGGGCCGGGGGGACGAGGGGGACCGGGGCACGGGGGCCCCGGGCAGGGGUUUGGGCGCGGAGGCGGAUUUGAAGGCGGGUUCCAUCCUGGCGCAGGGUUUGGGGGGCGCGGGGAGUAUGGCGGAAGGGGGGACUAUGGUGGCGGACGGGGCGGAGAUUUCGGUGGUAGAGGCGGGUUCUUUGAUGUGCGCAGGAUGCAGCGCAGAGGCAUGCAGAGGCGAACGGUGGACUACAGCGCCACGGUGGCGCUCUACCUGCACGAGCGCGCACGCCAGUGGGACGCACGUGACGCCUCUGACCCCCUGCCCACCUCCUCCGCUUCCCUCAAGUUGCUCCCCUGCAUGGCAUACGAGGACUGCCCAGCAGCCAGCAUCGCGUCUCGCUUUGUGCACGCCUCCACCAACAAGAUCCGCUGCCCCAUCAACCAAGUCGUGUGGACGCCCACGGGGCGGCGGCUGCUGACAGGGUCACAGAGUGGCGAGUUCACUCUGUGGAACGGGCUGUCUUUCAACUUUGAGAUGCUCAUGCAGGCUCACCAGGUGGCGGUGAGGAGCAUGGUGUGGAGCCACAACGGCAACUGGCUCGUGUCAGGGGACGACUCAGGAUGCAUAAAGUACUUUCAGACGAAUCUGCGCAUGAUGAAGGAGAACGCCACUGCGCACAAGGAGUCCGUGCAGGGCGUCAGCUUCUCCACCUCCGAUCUCAAGUUCUGUUCGUGCUCGGAUGACACGGCAGUGAAGGUGUGGGACUUUGCGCGCUGUCAGGACGAGGUCACCCUCGCAGGUCACCGCUGGAACGUGCUGUGCGUCGACUGGCACCCCUUUAACUCCCUCAUCGUCUCAGGUGGCAAGGACACGCAUUCAAAGCUUUGGGACGCGCGCACGGGCCGGGAGGUGUGCACCCUAUACGGGCACAAGCGCACGGUGCGGUCAGUGGCAUGGAACCAGAACGGCAACUGGCUUGCAUCAUCCUCCGACGACCAGCUCGUAAAGCUGUACGACAUUCGCACACUCAAGGAGAUGGAGACGUUCAAGGGUCACACGAAGGAGGUGUCAUCCAUAGCAUGGCAUCCCAUGCACGAAGACCUGCUCGCCAGUGGCGGCUCCGAUGGCAGCAUCCUCUUCUGGCUCGUGGGUUCAAACACGAGUGGGCCAGCAACAGAGGUGACAGGGGCGCAUGAGAAUGCAGUGCUAUCGCUGGCAUGGCACCCGCUGGGGCACGUUCUGUGCAGCGGCAGCCGCGACCAGAGCACCAAGUUCUGGAGCCGCAACCGACCUGGCGAUGCUGUGAAGGACCCGAUGGGUUCUGUUAACACCGCCUCCCCUGCUGCUGCUGCCGCCGCCACUCCUGGUUAUGCUGGUGAGUGUGAGUAG